AUGUGUCCAGCAUCAGAAGCUGCGUUGAUUGGGCGACGCGUUGCGUAUGACGAACCAUCGCUUGCCGAAGUGCUGUUUCCUAUGCCCGAUUCAGAGUGGCGUAAACGGAGAGGUGGACAAACCUUAACUUGGUGGAGAAGUAUGAAGGAGUUCACGAAACACUUGGGUGCUGUCGGUGCUAAUCGUCUUCGACGAUGGGCACCGCGUGGCCCUCACUGCGCCUGGUUGGAGACACUAAUAUAUAUGGUUACCAACCGAUGGCACUGGCGUUCUGGGCACCGCCCCUCACUGCACCUGGUUGGAGACACUAAUAUAUAUGGUUACCAACCGAUGGCACUGGCGUUCUUGUUGUCAGUUUUCUAUCCAGAUCGCCCGAGUGAAGGUCUGAAGCGAAUUUGCUGGCCUCCUGCAGCACAGCCGGUGGAGACAAUGCAUACGGGCAAAUGGAAUGUAAACCUUGCUCGCCCUUCGGACGAAGAAAUAAGGCAUGAAAUAGCCGUACCAGGACCGGACGGUCUGUAUCCAGCCCUCUUCAAAGAAGGCGGAAAUCCCCUGGUGACCCACCUGACAAAGCUUAUUGGUAUUAUGUGGGACGAAGAGCAAGUGCCUGCAGAAUGGGACAUGUCGACAGUUAUCCCUGUCUUCAAAAAGGGUACACGGACGCUAUGCGAAAACCACAGUGGCAUCAGCCUGUUAGCUGUGGCUUCGAAGGCGCUCUCUGGCCUUAUCCUUCGAAGGUUGACUGAACACAGGGAGAGGCAGCUCCGUGAAAACCAAGCUGGGUUCCGUCCUGCAAGAGGUCGCAUGGAUCAUAUCUUCACCCUCCGACAGAUUCUGGAACAGCGACACUGCUUCCAGCAACCAACAAUGGUUGUUUUUCUUGAUCUGAAGGCUGCCUUUGACUCUGCGGACCGCCAAGCACUAUGGCAGUGUCUGUGGAGCAAAGGUGUCCCCCAUAAAUUCUUGACCCUCAUUAAGGCGCUGUACGCCAAUUCCCGCGGCCGUGUAAAGGUCUACGGGAAGCUUUCUCCUGAGUUCACCUCAUCAAUUGGUGUCCGACAGGGCUGUCCUCUUUUACCUUUCCUCUUCAACGUCGUCAUUGAUACGAUCAUGGAAGACUCACUACCAGCCUCUAAUGCCUGUGGGGUCGAAGUGCUCCCUGGGCCUCCGCUCACAGACAUCGAGUACGCAGACGACAUAGCUCUUCAAGGAUCUGAUCCCGUGGCAAUGCAAACAAUACUAAAUAAUCUAAAUACUUCUGCCUCGCGGUUUGAUAUGCGCUUCACACCUGCAAAGUGUAAAGCGCUACUGCAAGACUGGGUGGGCUCGCACCCUAGCCUCAUGCUUGCGGAUGAACCGAUUGAGUGUUUGACCAUCGAUGUCUUUGGAGCAUUCCACGAGUCUGCUGGAACAACUGAUCGAGCGACAUUCCCUGUGGCUGGCGCAGUUUGCGCUACCAACCGCGUACCCCGAGAUCGUUCAACGCAGUACAUUGACCAUUCGUCUGAUGUGGCAGCCAGCAUCAGUAAUCUGUACGGAAACGAGCUGUUUAGUGAUGUCACACUCGUUGUACAAGGAGUGCAGUUUACGGCACACAAAGUUGUUCUCGCUGCGCGGUCGGAAUAUUUCAGAGCUCUGCUGUAUGGCGGCCUCGCGGAAUCUAACAGAUCCGUUAUUCAAUUAAACGACAUUAAUGCCGCAGCUUUUAAACAUGUGCUGCAGUACAUAUACACCGGGCGUCUGACGGUUACGAAGUUGCGGACCAUGCUGGACGUGUUGGGUUUGGCGCACCAGUACGAUUUUCGUAGUCUGGAAAGUGCCCUAUCUGCUCACCUGACGCAUUCAUUGCGCCUGUCCAAUGUAUGGCUAAUCUACAAUCUGGCUGUGAUGUACGGUUUGGAAGAGCUUAUCAACGCUUGCCUGAAGUUUCUGGACGGUAUUGCACCAGCUCCGUUGUUUAGCCCUCAUUUCCUUCGUCUUUCCCAGCCUGCUGUCGAACGUCUUCUCUCGCGAGAUAGCUUUUGUGCUUCGGAAAUCGAUAUCUUCCGAAGUCUUUGUGCCUGGUUUCGGACUACAAAAGAAUCAAGUACACGCUCCGGUUCGUACCUACCACCCAUAGCAGACCAUAUUCAGGAUAAUGUGUGUAAAAGUGGUAUCUCAUCAGAGACAGGCUCUGAAACUUUGGCUCUCGUCAGAGAAAAGUCUGGAAGCACAGACGCUAAAAUUUCCGUCGACUCUUCCGUGCAACCGGACAAACGCUGUGUCGAUGAGCCAGCAUGGAGUCAUGAAUUAUCAGAAUCGGAAUGGGAACGUCAAGUGAUGCGACGUUGCGUGCGGUUCGAGUUGAUGUCAUUACGUGAUCUGCUCAGUGAAGUUCGAGCGUCCAAAAUGGUCAGUCCAGAUGACCUAUUAGAUGCGAUUAGUCUGCAAGCCAAAACAAUGGACGAACUGCCACAUCGUGGCUGGUCUCUUCCCGGCAUCAAUUUGGCGUCACCGCGGUUCGCAGCAUCCCUUGUCGCAGGAGAAGAGGGCAGUUAUCCGUACUUCUUUGUUGACGAUGCGGAUGAUGCGGAUGAUUUAGCGGAGUUGCAAUUCACGCUAGGAGCGUUGGAAGCCGGCGGUUCGGACUGGAAUGUUAUGGAUAUGGAUAAUAUGGACGAAGAUGUUGAUGAGACCAGUGAGUCUGAUUCUCGUUCGGACAUGAACGUGGGAUCCGUUUCGCGUAGUGGCGAUGGAGAUGUGCCGGUCGGCUCAUUGGGUAGCCACGCUGUUCCUGCCCCCCAGGGUGAAGCCAGCUCAGUCCCCAACGAACUCACAGAAAGUGGCGACCGAGAUGACCCUUCUCAACAGGAACGAUUGAAUCGUAUUCCUCGUAACGUGGGUGGUGGCACUCGAUCAAUCCAGGGCGCAUCGGUUUCCAGGCCACCCAAUCAAUUCGCAAGUCCGGAUUGGAUCCAAACCCAGUCGAAUCUGGCUGGGGCACGUCUGGCUGAUUUCAACCAGUAUCGAAGCCUGGGCACCGAUUAUCAACAUCUCUUCAUCAACCAUCAAGGCUGUCUCGUUCCUCGUGCGGGGUCUUCGAGUGCAGCUCAGCAAAAUGCGUCUUCCGCCGCUGUCGCUAUCCCUUCCGUGCACGGACUGCAACACCAUAUGCCUGCAGAGCGUUCGGUGCGUUGGCUACAGCCGUCCAACCCACGGACUGGUCGGCGCAUUGCUCCUCAUCCACCUCCGCCACCACAUUCUGAACACGAUGUAGUUAGACACUCACUUGACGAUCCGGAUGCCCACAUUGUUAUUCGCCUUGGCAAACCAAGUAUCGUCAACACUAUUCGAAUGCAACUAUGGGAUCGCGAAGUUCGGUUCCUGUUGUGGGAUUUAGACGACCGGACCUACAGUUAUUCUGUUCAUGUGUCCACCAAUCGUGAAGAUUGGCGACUAGUUCGUGAUGCGACACGUGAUCGAUGCCAGUCGUGGCAAAUCAUCACCUUCCCCCCACAGUUGGUUACCUUCAUUCGUGUCGUCGGUACACAUAAUACAGCGAAUGAAGUUUUCCAUCUUGUCCAUCUCGAAUGUCCGUACCCACCAGCGGAACUAAUGGAGGAACAAGAACAGUUUUCUAAAAUCGAUACUGUUGCGAUCACAAACACACAGUCUUUGAACUUGAAUCCAGAACCUGCCGGUGCAAGUACUAGUAUGGUCACUAGUGGCAGUGAGCCAAGCGAACCUAACUCGACUUCUGAAAACCCGUCAUAUCAGGCAACUCAGGCAACAGAGUUGUUGGAUAGUGCCAGCGUUCUGGAUCCUAUCGCCGAUCUGGUUUUCGCCGGUGAGCUGGAAACUCGAACACACUCUUCCCCUACCCCUCUAGAUCCACCCGACGAAACAGUCGAGGCUGCUGCCACAAUUCCGGCCACUCGAUCUCUCACCCAACUACCCAUAGACUCAAGUCUGGGUGCAGGUAUGGAAUCGGGACACGAUAUGCUGUUGGACAGUGGUGCAGCAAUGUCUGCGACGAAUUUGAGCUUGAACCGGGCGUCAAGUCAUGAUUUGUCUGGCCUACCUGGGCAUCCUUCUGCUUCUGGGUUCCGUGGAAGGAACCGCUUAGUAACCCAAACUCCCUCGCCACGAAACAAUGCCGCACCUAAUUCAAGAAAUUAGUGUUACCGCCGUCUACUAGCAGAAUUAGACCGUUACCGCAACUGGUCAACUCCUGAACCCCCCUGACCUUGUUUGCACCACCCCAUGGCUUUGUUGUGUGAAAUAGGAGUCACCAAUUAUCUUUCUUUUUGUGAUGUAUAUCCCUUAUAUUUCGUGUCUACUUCAGUCCGUGUAUGUUUUUAUUUUUCCGUAAUUAUUCCUACCUUCUUCUCUUUGUCAAAUCUAUGCUUUUCGGUCACAGAUGAGUUGUUGUCCCUCUACUUCGCUGAUUCGGCCUGUUGCGAAUCCACUCACUCAGCACACGGUUCAGAUUCAUUUCCAUAAAUAUACAUCAAUAUUUGUUUGCAGCGCUUUUGCUGCUCAACUGUGCUAACCGUCAUGUGUUUCUCUUGGACCAACGUUGCGGUUGACCUAAUGUACGGCCCAGUGAAUGUUCGGGUUCUCUCUGUGAAUCUUACUUUCUCUUGCGCGCACUGUUCUGUACAAUGUGCUUGAAAAGUUUUGAACAAAUUGACUGGGAUAAGCUGGAUGUUCAUACCCC